CAUAUUUCAUAAUGUCGGUAAAAAUAUUUUUGCGAAACAAAGAUACGGUUACGCAAAAUUUCAAAGAAUCAACUAUGAGAAUCAGACGCCGGUUGCACGACUAGAACUACGGAGGAUGCAUAAGGUAUCCGUGAUCGGUUAGAGUAAUUGCUGAUCGUCCUCGGAAAAUUCGUUGGCAAAAGAAAAAGAAGACAGUGAUAAGGGAAAGAAAGGUCAAUUACUUUGACGGGACGGUACCUGUUCGUGUUCGCUUAAAAGCAAGUAUAUUUCAUUGCGUUCGUGAGCUACGUUGAUGUACACAUAAGAGCACUGUUAAAAUAACAAUUAGCUGCUUUACGCUUAGUCCGUGUACAUGUGAGGAAGUGUGUGAUAUAUACAACCGUAUAUGUAUGCGCGCGUGCCUUCUAUACAUACAGUUUUACGAUUGUGUUAAGAGUUUUGCGGUGGUUCUGUAGUGGCAGGGGGAGGUCUUUAGCCCCCUUGGUGAGGCAUACGCCGGUAAUGAGUGUUUAUACCAUAACUGCGGCGACACCAACAACGAAUACAAUAAUAUCAACAACAACGGCGACGACGACGACGGCGGUAACAGUGACGACGACGACGGCUACGUCGACAACAACAACGGCGCCGGCGGUUGCCGUGUCGCCCGAAACUGCACCUGGUUGGAUAGAAUUUUGUGAGAGACACGCCCGCGCUUCGGCCUCUGAUUUUGCCAAGGCUUUUUGCACUUAUGUCAGUUUAAAUUUAUCUGAGAGCGCCAGGUCGAAUCUCUCGCACCGUGACUUUCUGAAGAAGUUUAUUGAAAGCUUCUGCGAACACUUCGAGAGCGAGUACCUGCGUCGUACGAUUAGAUCUCCUUCCCUGUAUGACACAAGACACGGAGCAACUAACGAUAGAGAUGUCAAUGUUAUAAGCCAGAAUAACAAUGCCCCUAUACGUAUAUCAUCCCAUGAAGAAUUCAGUGAUUACUCUGAACAAGAUGGGGAUGCUAUAUCGCCAAAGCCAACACACAAGCCAUUUUUUCGUCGGUUAUCCUUUAAAGGGCUUAAGAAGGGUAAAAGUUUAUUCCACAAGCAGCAAAGCGAUGAAGUGGAAUUGUCUCAUAAUGAAUAUCGUAGAGACAAGCAUUCGAAAGCUAAACUUUCAAAAAUCGUGGUGGAAUGUAGGAAGGAAGGCGUUGUUAAUUCUCUGAUGGGGGAGAAUAUUGAUGGAACUCAGAAAUGGGAGAAAUCAAGGCUUGCCCUGAUAAAAGCUAUCGGUGGAUACAUGUUAGAAUUUUAUUCUCCUCCAAAAGCAGUAAAACCACGCAGUGGUGUCUUCUGUUCUGCGAUAACUGAGGCCAGAGAGACAACUGCAUUAGAAAUGCCAGACCAUGAGAAUACCUUUGUUUUGAAAACACAAAACAUGGAAUUCGUGAUAGAAGCUCAUGAUUCAAAUGAUAUGAGAUCAUGGUUAGCUACUAUCAAAUACUGCAUGCGCACAGUUCAACAAAAUGCAAUGAAUCCCAGUUCUGGAACAGAUGCCACUGGGGAUUCUUUAGGACAUGGUUCAUUAACUAUUGGUAGCGAAGGAGAUAGAUUAAGAACUAAUUCUGCGAGUAAGAGUUCCAGAUCUGCACCCCACGAUCAGGGGGAUGAAACAUUGGGUAAUCCUCCAGAAAUACCACCAAGACUUCGUACAAGAAGUACAAGUAAUUUGGAAUUGUGUUCAUCCCAACAAGAUAUUGAACAAUUGAAUACAAAUGACGGUGAACUGGACUUAUCUAAUAGUUUAAAAGAGUAUCCUUGGUUUCAUGGAACCCUUCCUAGGUCAGAUGCAACGCAGCUUGUUUUACAUAGUGCUGCCAAUGGUCAUGGUAUAUUUCUUGUUCGGCAAAGUGAGACGAGGAAAGGGGAGUUUGUAUUAACUUUCAAUUUCCAAGGCAGAGCAAAGCAUUUACGCAUGACGUUAAACGAUCAAGGACACUGCCGUGUUCAACAUCUUUGUUUUCCCGCUAUCUACGAUAUGCUCGAACACUUUCGUCAGAACGCUAUACCUCUUGAAUCUGGCGGGACAGCAGAUGUGACUCUCACUGAAUUUGUUGUGGCAAAUCACGCAACACGGUCGGGACAUCACAAUGCAACUGGAGUCAAUCAACAACAGUUGCAAGAAAGAAGACCACCUGCAGCUCCAGAGCCAAGAGAAGUGCGUACCUAUGGAGGUUCGAUAAGAACGCGUACGGAAUCAUUGGAAAGACUGGAACAACAAAACAACAUUACAGAGCAACAAAGCGCGUCAUCAUCUAGCGGUCGAGCAAUUCAGAAUACGUAUAGCUUUCUUUGACGAUGGAUUCACAAUACUCUACCAUCCGGCUAUAACCCAGUUAGCCCUUUAGAUUAAAUUAGUCUACCUAACAAAUUCCUCUGGAAUGCGGAAUAGUCUUUAAGUUGAACCCAGCAGUCACCGCUAUCGUAAAAAGCGUACCAUUCAAACCCGUGUGAACAAUGUAUCUUGUCAAAUAGACUGCUUCCAAUUUUUCCAAACUUGUAAGAUAAAAGAAAUUGUCGACAACUGUAUUUAUUAACACGUUUGUACCCGAUACUGGAAACAGGAUAUAAUUUUUGGAACAUGAUAAUUUUAUAAAUAUAGCUUUUGCAAUAAUGUAUACAAAUUAUUUCAGAAUGCGAAUGAGAUUUAUGACGAUUAAAUUAUAUCGGCUGUCCUUUUUUUGCACGUUCAGAUAUAUCCGCUCAAAUUAUCUUAAAUACAGCGAUAGGCGUCAUUAAGUAUUCACGAAAUUACGUACUUGACAUAUACAAUUAAGAUGAGAUCGUGUCUUUAUUUAAUUGAUGCAAUUCGGAGAAACGAUUUAAGUCUAUAGAAUAUAAUUCGUUAUAUCGAUUAAUUUACUUAAAGAUAUGUACUUAUAAGAAUGUAUAAAAAAAGUAUAUAUGUAAAUGUAUAUCGAAGUUUUAGUCUUUUUUUAUACGUAAACUUGUUUGAGACAAUCUCAUUAUUACAACUACUAUCCUAUCUCCUAUAAAUUAGAAAGACGCACUGCUAUACUAAUAAUCUAUACGUAUAAUUAUUUAGUAUAAAGUAUUAGUCAAAGAAUUGAAGAACUAGUUGGAAUGUUACAUGUAAAUAAUUAAAUCUUAAUAAUAAGUAUGAUUUAAAUUGCGUA